AUGGCCUCCGAAGAAGUGAUUAUGUUAUCAGAUGAAGAAUGUAUUGUAAUUGAGGAAACAACAAUUGUGGAAAGGAAUACUGAAAAGUAAGGCGUCUCAAAAAUAUUAUUCCAAAACAUCAUAUUUCAGUGAAUGUUCCACUAGUUUUUCACUCAUGUCUGAAUUGGAUAAGCUUAUGGAAAUGAAAAAACGUGAAUCAUCUUCAAAAUCAACGUAUCAAAUGGAUUCAGAUUCAGAUCUUGAAAUAACACCAGGUCCAUCAGAAAAGAAGAAAUCUUCGACUAAAACCGAUGAGGCGAGGAUAAGGAAAAUUGAGAAAGACAAAGAAAAAACACAAAAACAAGAAGAAAAAGAUAAGAAGCGUGAAGAAUUGAAGAAGAAAAAAGCAGAAAAAGAGGUAUGAAAAUAUAAAUGAAUAUUGAAUAUAUUCAAACAGAAAAAUUACAGAAUGAAAAAGCAACGCGAAAAAUUGAACGUGAAAUGAGUUCUUCAAUCAACUCAAAAUGUGAACAAUAUACUUUUUGUCAUAUUGGAACAGCUAUUCUCGAAAUAAUUCGUGAGUUUCUAAAUUGUUUUGUUCAAAUAACAAUAUGCGGCUAUAUUUUAGCUGAUUUGAAAAUCGAACUAACCAAAUUAUACACUGAAAGAAAACUCGAAAAUCAGUUUAUUUUCGAAAAUAAUCUUGGAACUAAAAUUGAAUGGAGAAGAAAAUGUAUCGAAAUGAGAGAAAAUGACAAUAAUCAACCGGAAAAAUUCGAAUAUAUUGUGAGUUUGGAAAAUGGACUGAAGAAAUAAAGAAAUAUUCAACAUUUCAGUCAGUUCAAGAUGUAUAUGCAAUUAUAAUUCCAUCACAAACACUUACCGAUGUUAUAAACUCAAACACACUCGAAGAUUUCAUUGUACAGGUAAAUUUCAGAAAUAAAGUAGCAUGACACUGAUUCGAAAUAGGCGAAGUUUUAAAUGAUUGCCUGGUUCCAAUAUUUUUAUCAUUAAAAAUGUCCGAAGACAAAAUGUUAAAUAUUCAUUUUUUUUUAUUUGACGUGAAAACGUGUAGGGAAAAAUGAGCGGUCCAGUGUUUCAUUUCUUGAGUAGUAAAAAAUAAAAAAUCAAAAAUGUUCAGCAAAAAUCAUCUGGUCGAUCACUUAUGCUAAUUGUGAGCUACGGUAAACUAUCAAUUCAAAAGAAAAAAAUCUACAGAAUCUCAUUGGAUAUUUUUGAAAAACAUCGCGCACAAAUAAUUCAAUUAGAAACAUCUGACCAAGUUGCUCUAUUUACUGCACAAUUUUUGAGAAGUAUUGCAAGAAGAGAGAAAAAACGAGUUGAACAUGGAGAAGGUGAAAAAAAGGUAUCAUAUGAUGGAGAAAAAGGUAUUGUUAUUGGAAAUCGAGAUGAAAUUGUUUGUGAUUGGUGGAAUAAAAUGUUGGCAACUAUUGAAAGAAUAUCUGAUGCACAAAGAAGAGCUAUUAUUAAACAUAUUCCGGAUCCAAUUCAAGCUAUCGAACGAUUUUUGAAAGUUAGUUUAUUUUACUUCGUUAGUCAGGGUCUUUUUACAAUCUUGAGAUAAUGGAAUCAUUAUUCAUUUAUGGGGAAGAAUGCGAAACGUGAACUUAUUUUUGUUCAACGUGGCAAUUUGUAUUUCAUUUCGAAUUUUUUGCGCGGUUUUUUUUGUUUCACCAUAUUUUUUUUUGUUUUGUUAUAAUUUCAGAUGGAUUAUUCAUCAGCUGUUUCGGAAUUGGCUAAUCUUGUAGCUGAAAAUAAUCGAAGAGUUGGUGAAGUUAUGGCACAUCGAAUUUAUACAAUGUUAACUGAUGAAACGGGUUGUGCAAUUGUCGAAUAA